ACUCAAUAAUAAACGUUGUGUGUGAACUAGGCCCACUAGUGACCUAGUCUAGUACUGUGCACUUUACUAAUAAAAAUAUUAUACUUAGGCCUAUACUCUAUACUAUAUAGAUCACUCAUUAGUCUAGAAUCUGCGUUCUACUUUACCCACGCUGAAGUUAAAAUGGCCUUGACAAAAAAUUGUUUGGAUCUUCCUAUUUUCAUUGUUGAUGCAUUUACAAACAGACAGUUUUCUGGAAACCCAGCAGCUGUUUGCUUGUUAUCUAAAAUUAAAACUAACAUUGGAUGUGAUGUGACAUUGACGGAUGAACAAAUGCAAAUGAUUGGCAGAGAAAUGAAUCUUUCUGAAACAGCAUUUGUUAGUCCGAAGGAAGGAGAUUUUAUCUCUGCUACUGAAUUUUUUUUGAGGUGGUUUACACCAACUACUGAAGUUGACCUUUGUGGGCAUGCUACUCUUGCCACCUCUGCUGUGCUGUUUCAUGAACUAGGUAACCCUGCUGGUCAAUUAACAUUCUCUACUAAAAGUGGAGAUCUGUCAGUAAAUAAAUCUGAGGAUAGAGAAAUUUCCUUGAAUUUUCCUCUUAAUCAACCUUUUCCCAAGAGCUCAGAGGAAUUCAGUAGACUUAUUGAAGUUUGUUUGGGCGAUGCUGCUCUUAUUGUUAAAGAUGUUCAGUUAAGUGCCACAGGGAAACUUUUGUUGCGUCUUUCAGAUGAAACUACAAGAGAUCAGUUGGAAAAGUUGAAGCCCAAUUUGGAUGUAAUGGCUCGAGUUGAAUCUACUGGACUGGUUAAAGGUGUUGGCAUUACAGUUAAGGGCAGUUUGGAAAAUAACUGUGUUGAUAGCGAAGGCAAGAAGUAUGACUUUGUUUCAAGAUACUUUGCUCCAUGGUUAGGAGUUAAUGAGGAUCCAGUUACAGGUGCAUGGCACACAGUUGUUGCACCAUACUGGGCUAAAGAACUGAAUAAAAACAGUUUAUAUGCUCGCCAAUGUUCAACCAGAGGUGGAGACUUGAGACUUCAGGUGGAAGACAAGCGUGUUAUUAUAUCUGGGAAAGCAGUUGUCAAUUUACGUGGAACCUUUACAGUGCAGCUGUGAAAAAGAAAUAUAUUAUUUAUAUUGUGAAUAUCUAAGUCAUUUUGUGGAAUUGAUUGGUAAAAAAGCUUUAAUUUCAAGACCAAGGAACCUUGAUCUUUUAAGAAGAUAAUAGUAUUAAUAUGUUGAUAAAUGCUACUAAAUAUUUGCAAUGUUAUUCAUAUUAAAAAUUGUUAUUGUAGCCUUAUUGCUCAUAUUAAACUUAAACCUAAAAUGUUUUAAAUAAAUAUUUU